AUGGGUAAAGUAGAUCUCAUAAAUUUUCCAGACGAUCUCUUCUGUUCUCAGAUUUUAACGAGACUCCCACUGAAAGAAGCAGUUCGCUUUUCUGCUGUUUCUCGGAAAUGGUGUAGAGCUUGGACUCGGUUACCUCAUCUUAACUUUUCCCAUGAGUUUUUAAAUUCUAUUUGCGCUACCCUUGCAAAGAUAAAGGCAGUAUUUGAAUUAACUCGCCAAGAAAUGGCUAUAGGCUUAAUUAACAAGAUUCUUAUGCAGUGUGUUGGCCUUGAAACUUUUGAGCUUUACAAUUGUGAUGAGUGUAAAAGUAGCAUUCAUAAGUGGCUUUUGUGGAUUUCUGUAGCAGGUGUGAAAUGCAUAAAUUUAGCAUGUAAUAGAAUUCGGAUGGAGGUUUCAGAGUCUAUCUUUUCAUGUGUGACCCUUACGUCUCUGUCUCUCGAAUAUUUGAAGAUGACAAAGGUGCCUCCACUAUUUCAGGGUUUCCCUCAGCUUGUAACAUGUGAGUUUCAACGAGUUGAGCUAAGUGAGCAAGCAUUUGAGGUGAUUUUAAAAUUAUGUCAUCUUCUUCAAAGUUUGACAGUAAUCCAUUGCGUAUUGCCUUCAACUUUGAGAAUAAUAUCCUCCAGUCUUAAGAGACUUGUUAUUCGUCAUACGGAUGGUGAAAUCUGUUCAAUGGAAGCAAAUUGCCCGAGAUUAGAAAUCAUUAAAAUUAUUGGCUUCCAUAGCUGGAGGAUGGCGAACGUUUAUUUGCAUUUAUGUGUCCAUUUGGAAACUAAGGUUUUACUUCUCAAGUAUUUUGAAACAGUAAAAUUGUUGAAGAAAACUACCUGUCUCCAUGCUGCAAGCUUCAGUUGUGUCAAGGAUCUAGCAGACUCGACCCUAACACUACCAAAUUUGAAGACAUUUAUUCUGAAUAUGAGAAGCUCUGAUAGAAAUGCUGUUUUGUGGUUUUCUUGCGUUUUGAAAAGCGCUCCUCUUGAAAACAGUCACAAUCAGCAUCGGUCACAGCCAAGCUCUUAA